AUGGCGCGCAAGUCUAGAUGGGCAAGCAGCCCCGUGCGGGCUUUGACAUUUGCGCUCAUAGCCCAAUUGUCUGUUGUCGAUGCGCAGGUCGCUGAAAUUGAGAAGGCGAGCAACGAUAGCUUGCUUUGGGGUCCUUAUAGGCCGAAUCUAUACUUUGGUGUACGGCCUAGAAUACCGAAGAGCUUGAUGGGCGGCCUGUUGUGGUCGAAGGUCGAGGAUCAUACGGUGCAGCACACUUUCCGACAUACCUGUGAGCAGCACGAGCUUGACGGCUACGGUUGGGACGAAUAUGAUGUACGAACUGGCGGCCGUCAAACCAUCCACGACCCCGCGAACCACAUCGAUAUCACGACCGAGUUCAUAAAGUUCCCUGGUGGGCAGCACGGUGGCAGCUGGGGAGCCAGAAUUAAAGGCACUCCUCGUGCGGACGCGCCUCCGGAUUUGAAGACAACAGUCGUCUGGUACAACACACUGGAGGGUUUGGGAUCUCUCCAAGCAGAGGGAGACGCAGAAGAGACAGGCGCUGAGGGUGAUGUGGUGCUCAAGGGCAUGACACCCGAGCUUGGCGAUUUCGAGUUGAAGGUCACAGAAGGCAAGGGAGAUCACCCACAGUCAAACCAUCCUAGCUUCCAGGAAAAACCGUUGGAUCGGACACUCGUUGCGAGCUCGCAGAUACCACCUGAGGCGCUGUGGCAGUCCAAGCAGGUGCUUUUUGCACAAUUGAAAGCCGAGAUAGAUCAGCUUGUGCCCAAGUACGGAGAGGAAAACCCCCCUCCACCAGCCCAGGUGUACACCAUUGGACAUGCACCCGGGCAGGGAAACAUCCAUCUAGUACAGAAGGUUUUCGAACGUGCAUUUGAAUUCGACAUCCUGUUCUCGUCCGCAUCAGCUCCCACGCCUAUCACUUCCGAGGACCUGACCGUGCAAAUCGACUCUGUCACUUCUGGUUUCUCUACUCGCUUUACCGAGAUCUUCAAGCCGCAGACGCCGUUCGUCAAAGAGCGCUACGAGGAGUUCUCCAAGUCACUGUUCUCCAACCUGAUUGGUGGCAUCGGGUACUUCUACGGCGAUUCUCGCGUUGACCGGUCUGAUGAUCCCGCAUAUGAAGAGGACAAUGAGGGUUUCUGGGAGGAUGCAGCCGAAGCUCGUGCUCGCAAUGUCGCGCAGCUCGAAGGCCCUUCCGAGCUAUUCACUAGCAUCCCCUCACGACCUUUCUUCCCACGUGGCUUCCUCUGGGACGAAGGUUUCCAUCUUCUUCCCGUGGUCGAUUGGGAUGUUGACCUAACGCUUGACAUUAUCAAGAGCUGGUUCAAUCUCAUAGAUGAUGAAGGUUGGAUUGCGCGUGAGCAGAUCCUAGGACCCGAAGCACGCAGCAAGGUGCCUGAGGAAUUCCAGGUUCAGUACCCUCACUACGCAAACCCGCCCACGCUGUUCAUGGUCAUUACCUCCUUCCUUGAUAAGCUGGAUGCUGUGAAGGCCGAUACUAGUAACGAGAGGGUGCUCGCUGAGAAGUCAUACUUCAUGCAGCUUGCAAAUCGCGAAGCUGCGCUAGAAUACCUGCGUAAGCUCUAUCCGCUCUUGAAGCGCCAAUACUUCUGGUUCCGCAAAACGCAAGCGGGCGAUAUCAAGAGCUACGAGCGAGAGGCCUUCUCCACUAAAGAAGGCUACCGAUGGCGCGGCCGCACUCCUCAGCACAUCCUCACCUCGGGUCUUGAUGACUACCCGCGUGCACAGCCGCCACACCCAGGAGAGCUCCACCUAGACCUCAUCAGCUGGGUAGGCAUCAUGACGAAAUCCAUCCGCCGUAUCGCCGUGUAUCUCGACGAAACCGAUGAUGCCGCUCAAUUCGCAAAGUCUGAAGAAGCCAUCAUCAAGAAUUUAGACGAUUUACACUGGUCCGCAAAGAAUCAGGCAUAUUGCGACGCGACCAUUGACGACUACGAGGAGAACAAACUCGUCUGCCACAAAGGCUACAUCUCAUUGAUGCCGUUCUUGACCGGUCUUGUAGACAAGGACAGCCCAAAGCUGGGUGCCAUCCUCGACCUCAUCGGCGACGAGGAUGAGCUCUGGAGCGAACACGGGCUGCGAAGCUUGAGCAAGAGCAGCGAAUUCUACCACACUGAGGAAGACUAUUGGCGCGGACCCAUCUGGAUGAACAUGAACUACCUCGCUGUUCAGCAAUUGCUGAACGUCGCUCAGCAAAAGGGCCCUCAGCAGGCCAAGGCGAAACAGCUAUACACCGACCUCCGUAAGAACCUGGUUAGGACUGUGUACGAAAGUUGGAAAGAGACUGGCUUUGCGUGGGAGCAAUACAACCCGGAGACGGGUAAGGGACAGCGCACACAGCACUUUACGGGAUGGACAAGCUUGGUCGUAAAGAUUAUGAGCAUGCCUGACCUUGAAGGUGGUAGAACUAGGGAUGAGUUGUAA